AAAACUUCACAGAUUUUUUUUCGAUUAAUUCCUGGUUAGGGUUUUCGUAAAGUUCAAAAUUUUCAUCUUGGGUUUGUUCCCGAUUAGAAAUUUGAAGAUCGGCCCACCAUAAAAACUCUAAAAUUGGCGUGUUUUGUUUGUCUUGAAGAUAUGAAUUUCAGAAGCUUGGACGAGUUCUGGUCCUUCUAUGUCAACCAACACUCAAAACCAUCCACUAGGCGUUGGCAUUUCGUGGGGACUCUCACCAGUAUUCUGAUCUUUAUAUAUUCAGUCCUCUUCAACUGGUGGUUUGUGUUCUGUGUGCCACUGUUUGGUUAUGGCUUUGCCUGGUACAGCCACUUCUUCGUUGAAGGAAAUUUUCCAGCUACGUUUGGUCACCCCUUUUGGUCCCUUCUGUGUGAUUUCAAGAUGUUUGGAUUGAUGCUAACUGGUAAAAUGGACAAGGAGAUUAAGAGGCUUGGGAAGAGGCCUGUUUUGCAGGCGUUUUGAUCCUUCAGUAAGUUUUCAAGGAUUUGUUUUGUUUAUAUUUAUUUAUACAUGUAACUGCAGCAUGGGAUGCUCUCAGUUAUGUUCAAAUUCAUGCUGUGAAUGUGAUAUUUGGGGAUGUUAUCUAUUCCUCCACUUCUUUGAAUGUGAGAAAACAAGUUGUCAGGUAUUGAAGUUGAUCUCUUGAAUAUGGCAAA